AUGGAUAAGUAUAACACUUCACUAGCAACAUUUUUCUUCGUCCUCAUAUUAUCCCAAGCUAAGGCUUUCAACAUUACCACUUUGCUUGGCCAUUACUCAUCUUUUAGCGAUUUCAAUAAUUACCUAACUCAAACAGGAGUUGCUGCCGCCAUCAAUUCGCGGCAGACCAUCACUGUCUUAGUAGUCGAAAACAACAACUUGUCGCCCCUCGCAGGGAAGUCACAAGAUGUGCUGGCCAACAUCAUGCGCGUGCACGUCUUGCUCGACUAUUUUGACAUCCAGAAACUGCAAGAAUUACCUAACAAGACCGUGAAGGUUCCAACUCUGUUUCAGACUACUGGUCAUGCAAAUAACGAUCAAGGGUUCUUGAACAUGACAGACUUAGGGAGUGGAAGUAUUUCCUUAGGCUCAGCUGCAAAAGGUGAAACACUUGGAUCGAAUCUAGUCAAAUCUAUUGCAUCUCAACCUUUUAAUAUAUCAAUCCUGCAAAUUAGCAAUGUUAUUAUUCCAUUGGGAAUUGACUCAUCAACUUUUUCACCUCCGUCGUCACCACUUCCACGUGCACCUGCACCUAGCCCGAGAAAGCAUCAUUCCCCUGCACCAUCUCCUGCACCAAUUACCGGGGGACCAACGUCCUCAUUAGCUCCUUCCCCCAAUAGACCGUCUGCAGCCCCUGCCCCUGGUGCAGGCAAUGUGCCUGCGCCAGAACCAGCGGCUGCAAAGACCCCUGCAGAGGCUUCCCCUGCACCGACUCCACAUGGUUCACCACCUAAGCCGGAUGCACCAACCGCAGAUACUCCUACUGGCGAUGCACCAACCGCAGAUACUCCUGCUGACGCACCACCACCAGCACCAACAGGGGAUCAUGAUUCUUCCAGUGCCAAUUCUGCUUUAGGUGUUAGCUUAGUUGUCGUAGUAAUGUUGAAUCUCUUCCUUGUUUUAGUGAUUUGA